UCGAAAUGAAGUAGUUAGAAGAAUAAUAACAGACAAAUUAUACUCAUGGUUUAACUUGAAUUGGAUUAUUUCUAGAGAACAACUAGAUUUUUUUUUUUAUUUAAAGCUUUCAAUCUUAUUAAAAAUGAGUGCCUGUAGCAUUCUUUUUUACAGUUCCAUGUUUUGAUCUCCUGGCUGUUUUGGAUCUGUCUGUAAUAGCAGUUGCUGCUGUUGUCUUGCUUCACUCAUUACCCCAGAGAAAGAGAUAACUCUCAAGGUUUAAGCGGUAUCAAAUUACAAGCAGAUCUUCAGCAAUGCAAGGACCUCCACCUGCCACAGCACCUGGAAUGCCCUAUGGCUCCCCUCAGCAGGUCCCUGGGGCUUACCAAGGUGCAGGGAACUAUGGAUUCCAGGCACAGCCCAUGGGGUUCCCAGGUGGAUUUGUCCCUCCACCUGUCCAGAGCCAGCCCACCAUGGAUGGGACCAUCUGGAUGCCUAUCCCUCCUUCUAUUCCCAACUGCCCUCCUGGACUGGAGUACCUCACACAGAUUGACCAGAUAUUAAUUCAUCAGCAACUUGAAGUUCUUGAGAUUGUGACUGGCUUUGAAGAAAACAACAAAUACGAGCUGAAGAACGCCCUGGGGCAGAGGGUGUACUUUGCAGCAGAGGACACUGAUUGCCUGACCAGGAACUGCUGCGGGCCCUCCCGGCCCUUCACCAUGAGGAUAACUGAUAACCUGGGCCGUGAGGUGAUAAGGCUGCACAGGCCCCUGCGCUGCAGCGCCUGCUGCUGCCCCUGCUGCCUGCAGGAGCUGGAAGUCCAGGCACCUCCAGGAACAAUAGUUGGUUAUGUUGUCCAGAACUGGCAUGUCUGCCUGCCAAAGUUUACCAUUCAAGAUGAGAAAAGAAAGGAUAUUCUGAAAAUUAAUGGCCCAUGUGUUGUGUGCCGGUGUUGUGAGGACAUUCAUUUUGAGGUGAUGUCUCUGGAUGAGACUUGUCCUGUUGGGAGGAUUUCUAAGCAGUGGACUGGUAUGGUGAGGGAAAUGUUUACAGACACAGAUAACUUUGGAAUCUCAUUCCCAAUGGACCUUGAUGUGAAAAUGAAAGCUGUCAUGAUUGGUGCUUGCUUCCUGAUUGACUUCAUGUUUUUUGAGCAUAGUGGUAAUUAAGCAUCAGCAAGCAGGAGUUUUGGUAAUGAAAUCUAGAUGUUCUCUAUGGAAGGAAGAAGAACAUGGAUCUCCCAGCUUUCCAAUGAAUUGCUGACCUCCAGUAAGAAUAUGAGAAAUGUACAUGUUAUAGUUACAUUUCUGUAAGCUAAAAGCUUUAUGGUCUUAUCUAUUAUUUUUUUAAUAUGGUGAAAUAAUUUGUAGUAUUCAAAUAAGAGCUCUUUAUCUGGACAGAUCAAUAAUAUCAUUUAGAGAAAUGUAUAGCAACCUUUUUUUCCCCCAAGAACUCUACAAUUUUAAAGUAACUAAUUAUAGUAGUUAUUUAUAACUACUAUAAUAAUACUUUGAUUCCUAAAAGAGAGGACUAAUUCUAUAUUCAAUAUUAAUAAUAACCUAAGCCUAAUAAGGAGACACUGAUAUUUUCCUGGGUAUUCUUCUUUGGUAGUUUUGCCUUGGUGUUCACAUUCUGUUGUUUCCAUCUAUCAAAUAUAUACAUUCAGAGCAAAGGAAUGCACUUGAACAGAGCUAUCUGGAAUGAGUGUAAAAUAUAGUUACUCUGGUGUCCUGGGUGUGUGUGAGCUGGAGUUUAUUUCCCCAGCAGCCCUCACAGAGCUGUGCUUUGCCCUGCUGAGAGCCCAGCAGUGUUUUGGUGCAGCUGAGCAGUGCUGGCCCAGCUCUUUCUCUCCAGCAUUCCACCUUAUGGUGGUGUUUGAGGGUCCCAGGAUGAGGGAAGAGAUGACAAUCUUGACUCCAUGUUUCAGAAGGCUGAUGUAUUAUUUUACAAUAUAUAUUGUAUUAAAAGAAAAUGAUAUCUUAAAACUAUACUAAAGAAAGAGAAGAAAGGAGACAUCAGAAAGCUAGAAAGGAAUGAAUAAUAAAAACCUGUGACUGACCAGAAUCCCA